AUGCUUUCGAGAAAGCCUGGCGACAGAGAGAUCAAACUUGCAAGUUUGAGCACGGAUUGCCUCUUGAGAUGGUUCCACCUCAUUGAAACGUCGCCAAAGCGAUUCGUCAGCCAAGAGCAGGGGCAGCUGAUUGCAAAUACAGGUUACUCUUUUCAACGAUUGGCCCGAGCACUGGCUCAGUUUGCUGUGACAGCUUCGGUAAUGCGAUGGAAACUUUUGCCAAAAUUUCAUGUCUACACUCACUUGCUCGAGGAAUCCCUUUAUCGGGGUGAAAACCCGAGGGGGUAUCACUGCUUUGAAGAUGAGGACAAUAUCGGGCGAUGGAAAAAACUGUGCAACGGCACACAGGGAUCGCUGAUGGAAUUCCGAUUGCUCAGUCGUUACCUCCUACGGCUCGGUGCCGCCCCGAAGCGAUGA